AUGCAGCAAGAAACAGAGAGAUGCAGAGUUCGAGCCAGGAGGCCUGACAUGGCACUUUAUGUACCCAAAGCUCGAAGGGGUAUAGUACUACUCAAAUCAGGUGAUGAGGGAAAAAGCUGUGGUCCGUCUAACUCCGUGGUGAAAGAAGAACAAAGGGAAGAUUCUCUCUCCCAAAAGGAGAUCUUUCAAGACAAAUGCGAGACUCCAAGACUAAGUAUUAAUCCUGAUAAAAAGGAGCACAGUCAUAGAGAAGGAAAGAAAUAUUCAACGAAAUUUAAAAAAGAUACAUGCCUUCAAGAAAGAAAGAAAGAUAGGGUUUGUACUAAGAGGUCAACUGCAGAAUCCAAAGAAGUAUUAUCCCAAGGACAUCAGCAAAGAGUCUUCAAUACUGGGAUUGUACCUAGUGUACCUUUACAAAGACAUUUUACACCAAAGAAGGUAGAAUGUUUGGAGAUUGAAACCAGAGAUGUGAUAGGACAUGAUGGGUUGCUUCUAUCUCAAUCUUGUUCAGAAAUCAGUAAGGCUCGGGUUCCAAACAAGCCAUCCACAAACGUGGAAAUCUCUGAUAUCAAGAGAAAUGAACUAAAUGGGGAAACAUUUGAAGAUAGAAAUUUGGAAAACAGAAUGGAAACUGAUGCCAAGAUUAUGGAGAUACUAUCCCAGUUUCCUGGAGAUUUUAAUUCUGUGGUGAAACCUGAGAGUGUGAUCUCACCAGUAAAACAAAACUCUGAUUCUGGAAUUGUACAACAAGGCAUGCAAACAUUAGAUGGAAUGCUGAAGUACAGCAGUGGCGCCAUCACUACUGAUUCUGUUCCUGGAAGUUCAGAUGGUAUCAUUGGUCAGACUUACGUAGACUUGGAUGCUGAGAAUGUUGGUGAUACAGCCAAUAGGACAGGUUCCGUCUCGAGUCAGAAAGGUAUGGAUUCCAUUCCUGAGACUGUGGAUCACCUCUCUCAUCAAAUGAAUAUGGACAGCAAAUUAGAGAGCACAAAUGACAUUUCUGAUCCAACAGCGAUUAGAGAGUGUGAGGAGAAUGACAGCACUGCUGAUGAGUUAUGUGUAAAGCACGAAUCUUCUGACAGAGCUGCCCUUGCUCAUGAAACAUAUACAGAUAAUGAGUCUGAGAGUGUACGUGACAUUACCAAUAAGACAUGUCCAAUGGACAUUACAGAUACCAUAUCUGAUCAGAGGGUAGGCAGCCCUUGUGUAGUUGCAGUUAGAGUAGCAGAUGAAGCUUAUAGCAACACAGGGAGUUUCUCAGACUGUUUAGAAAUGAAUGCAGAUACAGGCCUUCUUCAUGCAGCUGAAAGUGGGAAUGACACUGAAAAUUUCAGUAACCUGACUGCUUGCUCAGAUAUCUAUGCUGAGAGUAUUUCAUCUAGUUUCACAGAGUCAACAGGAAAGUUGAUAGAGAGCUUGUCAGAUUGUGCUUCCUCCUUACCUAUAAAGAAGAUAACUGGUAGUAAUUGUAACACUUUUUUGGACCCUGAACUCAGUAUGUUAAAUGGGACAAACGUAUUUUCAGAUAGUGCCUUGGGCAGUGAUCUUGAUGGUACUGGUGAUAUAACAGAGGCACUACAUGAACUUAAGACUGCUGAAGAGUUCAAAACAGAAGAUGGUGACUCAGAGAAUGUGGAAUUUGGUGUAUCCUUUCCUGAUAUAGAAUCAGUAUCUAAGGAAACAUCCAUGGAGCUGAAAGCAACGGAUGUAUCUCACACAGAAAGAAGUGCUGCUACUGAGGAGAGCUGGGAGUCCAUGUUCAAUGAUGAUGGUGAGUGCCUGGACCCACGUCUUCUACAAGAGUUAUCAGGGAAUAUGAAGAACAGAGAAAGUAUCCAAGAACCUAGAUUUGAUUAUUACAACCAUGAAGUUCCUGAUAUUGACCUCAGUGAUUGUGAAUUCCCACAUGUCAUUGAAAUUUAUGACUUCCCCCAAGAAUUUCGUACUGAAGAUCUUCUACGGAUUUUUUGUGCUUAUCAAAAGAAAGGAUUUGAUAUUAAAUGGGUGGACGAUACACAUGCCCUAGGAGUAUUCUCCAGUCCGAUUACAGCCCGUGAUGCUCUUGGUAGUAAACAUACCAUGGUGAAGAUCCGGCCCUUGUCACAGGCCACAAGAGCAGCCAAGGCCAAAGCUAGAGCUUAUGCUGAGUUUCUCCAGCCAGCAAAGGAGCGUCCUGAGACUUCAGCAGCCCUAGCCAGAAGGCUAGUCAUCAGUGCCCUUGGGGUUCGAAGUAAGCAGAGCAAAACUGAACGGGAAGCAGAGCUUAAGAAACUGCGAGAAGCCCGAGAGAGAAAACGAUUGGAAGCCAAGCAACGGGAAGCCAUCUGGGAAGGCAGAGACCAGUCUGCAGUUUGA